UGAAGAAGCGAAGAAAGUCUAGGCGCCGAGGCUCCCAAAGCUGGCAGCUCCCGGCGGCGGUGCAGGGGCAAAGGGGGGGCGGGGGGGGACCGUCGGACAUGCGGCUCUGGAGUUGGGUGCUGCGCCUGGGGCUGCUGAGCGCCGCGCUGGGCUGCGGGCUGGCCGAGCGCCCCCGCCGGGCCCGGAGAGACCCGCGGGCCGGCCGCCCCCCGCGCCCCGCCGCCGCCGCCCCGGCCACCUGCGCCACCCGGGCGGCCCGCGGCCGCCGCGCCUCGCCGCCGCCGCCGCCGCCGCCGCCGCCGGGCGGUGCCUGGGAAGCCGUGCGCGUCCCCCGGCGGCGGCAGCAGCGGGAGGCGAGGGGCGCCGCCGAGGAGCAGAGCCCGCCGAGCCGGGCGCUCUAUUUCAACGGGCGCGGCGAGCAGCUGCGCCUCCGGGCCGACCUCGAGCUUCCCCGGGACGCGUUCACGCUGCAAGUGUGGCUGCGAGCGGAGGGGGGCCAGAGGUCUCCGGCGGUAAUCACAGGGCUGUAUGACAAAUGUUCUUAUACCUCACGUGACCGAGGAUGGGUCGUGGGCAUUCACACCAUCAGCGACCAAGGCAACAGAGACCCACGCUACUUUUUCUCCUUGAAGACAGACCGGGCCCGGCAGCUGACCACCAUCAAUGCCCACCGCAGCUACCUCCCAGGCCAGUGGGUCCACCUAGCUGCCACCUAUGAUGGGCGGCUGAUGAAGCUCUACAUGAAUGGGGCCCAGGUGGCGACAUCGGGGGCGCAGGUGGGAGGCAUAUUUAGCCCCCUGACCCAGAAGUGCAAAGUGCUCAUGUUAGGGGGCAGCGCUCUGAAUCACAAUUACCGGGGCUACAUCGAGCACUUCAGUCUCUGGAAAGUGGCCAGGACUCAGCAGGAGAUCUUGUCGGACAUGGAAACCCAUGGCCUCCACCCUCCUCUACCCCAGCUCCUCCUCCAGGAGAACUGGGACAAUUUGAAGCGUGCCUGGUCUCCCAUGAAAGACGGCAAAAGCCCCAAAGUGGAGUUCAGCAAUGCCCACGGCUUCCUGCUGGACACGAGCUUGGAGCCCCCUCUGUGCGGGCAGACCCUGUGUGACAACCCGGAGGUUAUUGCCAGCUACAACCAGCUCCCGCAUUUCCGCCGGCUCAAGACAGUGCGCUACCGUGUGGUCAACCUCUACGACGAUGACCUGAAGAACCCCACGGUGAGCCGCCAGCAGAUCGACUUCCAGCACCGGCAGCUGGCCGAGACCUUCAAGCACUACAACAUCUCCUGGGAGCUGGAGGUGCUGGAGGUGAGCAACUCCUCCCUGCGCCACCGCCUCAUCCUGGCCAACUGCGACAUCGGCAAGAUCGGGGACGAGAGCUGCGAUCCUGAGUGCAACCACACGCUGACCGGCUACGAUGGCGGAGACUGCCGCCCCCUGCGCCACCCCGCCUUCAUGAAGAAGCAGCAGAAUGGGGUGUGCGACAUGGACUGCAACUACGAGCGCUUCAACUUCGAUGGCGGCGAGUGCUGUGACCCCGAAAUCACCGACGUCACCAAGACUUGCUUUGAUCCCGACUCUCCACACAGAGCCUACUUGGACAUUAAUGAACUGAAGAACAUUCUUAGAUUGGAUGGAUCGACACACCUCAAUAUCUUCUUUGCAAACUCGUCAGAGGAGGAGUUAGCAGGAGUAGCAACUUGGCCAUGGGACAAGGAGGCUCUAAUGCACUUAGGUGGCAUUGUCUUGAACCCGUCUUUCUAUGGUACUCCUGGGCACACCCACACCAUGAUCCAUGAGAUCGGACACAGCCUGGGCCUCUACCACAUCUUCCGAGGCAUUUCGGAAAUCCAGUCCUGCAGUGACCCCUGCAUGGAGACAGAGCCCUCCUUUGAGACGGGAGACCUCUGCAGUGACACCAACCCGGCGCCGAAGCACAAGUUCUGCGGGGACCCAGGGCCAGGGAAUGACACCUGUGGCUUCCAUACCUUCUUCAACACUCCUUACAACAACUUCAUGAGCUAUGCAGAUGACGACUGUACUGACUCCUUCACGCCCAAUCAAGUAGCCAGAAUGCACUGCUACCUGGACCUGGUGUACCAGGGCUGGCAGCCCUCCCGGAAGCCAGCGCCCAUCGCCCUCGCCCCCCAGGUUGUGGGCCACACAGUGGGCUCCGUGACGCUGGAGUGGUUCCCGCCCAUCGACGGCCACUUUUUUGAAAGAGAAUUGGGAUCAGCAUGUGACCUUUGUCUGGAAGGGAGAAUCCUGGUACAGUAUGUCUUCAAUGCCUCCUCCCCCAUGCCCUGUGGCCCAUCAGGACACUGGAGUCCUCGGGAAGCAGAAGGUCACCCAGAUGUUGAGCAGCCAUGUAAGUCCAGUGUCCGCACCUGGAGCCCAAAUUCAGCUGUCAACCCACACACAGUUCCUCCGGCCUGCCCCGAGCCAGAAGGCUGCUACCUUGAACUGGAAUUCCGUUACCCUUUGGUCCCUGAGUCUCUAACCAUCUGGGUGACCUUUGUCUCCACUGACUGGGACUCUAGUGGGGCUGUCAAUGACAUCAAACUGUUGACUGUCAGUGGGAAGAAUAUCUCCCUGGGACCCCAGAACGUCUUCUGUGAUAUCCCACUGACCGUCAAACUCCGAAAUGUGAUUGAGGUGGUAUAUGGCAUCCAGAUCUACACAUUGGAUGAGCACCUGGAGAUUGAUGCAGUCAUGCUGACCUCCAUUGCAGACAGCCCACUUUGUCUUGAGUGUAAACCCCUGCAGUAUAAGGUGAUCCGGGACCCUCCUCUCAAGGAGGAUGUAGCUUCUGUCCUAUACCUCCAUAGAAGAUUCCUGGACAGAGAUCUCAGUCUUGGCAGUGUGUACCAAUACCAGGUCAUCACCAUCUCGGGAACUGAAGAGAGUGAGCCAUCACCUGCUGCCAUAUACAUCCAUGGAAGUGGGUACUGUGGUGACGGCAUUAUCCAGAGAGACCAAGGGGAAGAAUGUGAUGACAUGAAUAAGAUCAAUGGUGAUGGCUGUUCCCUUUUCUGCCGCCAGGAAAUUUCCUUCAAUUGCAUUGAUGAGCCCAGCCGGUGCUAUUUCCAUGAUGGUGAUGGAGUAUGUGAGGAAUUUGAACAAAAAACUAGCAUUAAGGACUGCGGUGUCUACACGCCCCAGGGAUUCCUGGAUCAGUGGGCAUCCAAUGCUUCAGUGUCCCAUCAAGACCAGCAGUGUCCAGGCUGGGUCGUCAUCGGCCAACCAGCAGCUUCCCAGGUGUGUCGAACCAAGGUGAUCGAUCUCAGCGAAGGCAUUUCCCAGCAUGCCUGGUACCCCUGUGCCUUCAGCUACCCAUACUCCCAGCUGGCACAGACCACGUUCUGGCUCCGGGCAUAUUUCUCUCAGCCAAUGGUUGCUGCAGCUGUCAUUGUCCACCUGGUAACUGAUGGAACAUACUAUGGGGACCAAAAACAGGAGACCAUCAGCAUCCAGCUGUUUGACACCAAAGAUCAAAGCCACGAUCUAGGCCUCCAUGUCCUGAGCUGCCGGAACAAUCCCCUGAUUAUCCCUGUGGUCCAUGACCUCAGCCAGCCCUUCUACCACAGCCAGGCAGUGCGUGUGAGUUUCAGUUCGCCCCUGGUCGCCAUCUCGGGGGUGGCCCUCCGCUCCUUCGACAACUUUGACCCCGUCACCCUAAGCAGCUGCCAGCGAGGGGAGACCUACAGCCCUGCCGAGCAGAGCUGUGUGCACUUCGCAUGUGAAGCCACUGACUGCCCGGAGCUGGCUGUGGAGAAUGCCUCUCUCAACUGCACCAGCAGUGACCGCUACCACGGUGCCCAGUGCACGGUGAGCUGCCGGAUGGGUUACGUACUUCAGAUACAGCGGGAUGACGAGCUCAUCAAGAGCAAGAUGGGACCCAGUGUCACAGUGACCUGCACUGAGGGCAAGUGGAGCAAGCAGGUGGCGUGUGAGCCGGUGGAUUGCGGUGUCCCGGACCAGCACCACGUCAACGCCGCCUCCUUCUCCUGCCCUGAGGGCACCACGUUUGGCAGAAAGUGUUCCUUCCAGUGUCGUCACCCUGCACAGUUGAAAGGCAACAACAGCCUCCUGACCUGCCUGGGGGAUGGGCUGUGGUCCUUCCCAGAGGCACUGUGUGAGCUCAUGUGCCUGGCCCCACCUCCGGUGCCCAAUGCUGACCUCCAGACCGCCCGGUGCCGAGAGAACAAGCACAAGGUGGGCUCCUUCUGCAAGUACAAGUGCAAACCUGGAUAUCAUGUGCCCGGCUCCUCUCGGAAGUCAAAGAAACGGGCCUUCAAGACUCAGUGUACCCAAGAUGGCAGUUGGCAGGAGGUAGCUUGUGUUCCUGUGACUUGUGACCCACCUCCACCCAAAUUCCAUGGUCUCUACCAAUGCACCAAUGGCUUCCAGUUCAACAGCGAAUGCAGGAUCAAUUGUGAAGACGGUGAUGCCUCGCAGGGACGUGGGAACAACAUCAUCCACUGUCGAAAAGAUGGCACCUGGAGUGGCUCCUUCCAUGUCUGCAAGGAGAUGCAAGGCCAGUGCUCUGCCCCAAGCCAGCUCAACAGCAACCUCAAACUGCUGUGCCCCAACGGCUAUACCAUAGGGUCUGAGUGCGCAACUUCGUGCCUGGACCACAACAGCGAGUCCAUCAUCCUGCCCCUGAAUGUGACCGUGCGGGACAUCCCCCACUGGCUGAACCCCACUCGGGUGGAGAGAGUUGUCUGCACUGCUGGUCUCAAGUGGUACCCUCCCCCAGCUCUGAUUCACUGUGUCAAAGGCUGUGAGCCCUUCAUGGGAGACAAUUACUGUGAUGCCAUCAACAACAGAGCCUUCUGCAACUAUGAUGGUGGGGAUUGCUGUGCUUCCACGGUAAAGACCAAAAAGGUCACACCCUUCCCUAUGUCCUGUGAUCUACAAAGUGACUGUGCUUGUCGGGACCCCCAGGCCCAAGAACACAGCUGGAAAGACUUCCAGGGAUACAGCCAUGGCUAAGGAAAGACGAGGGGUUGUCAAAGAAUCCCCAACGCCAGGACCCGCAUCUCUUUGGUAUUGAUUUCACAGUCAGCUGCUCAACGGAAUGGCCUCUCCACACCAGGGAUCCUUAGCACCCAACCGGUCUGCCUUUAAUUUCACCCAGGAAGGACUCUCAGUGGGGCGAAUGAACCAAGUCUUGCCAGGUUGAAUGGUGGAAUGGAAUCCCAUCCCAAAGUCUUAGAUGGAUUGCGUAUACAGGUUGCAGUCCCAGAGCCUCCUAAAAUUCUAACCAUUUGUCACAUGGCCAUGGCAAGAAGCAUGUUCUGUAUCUAGGAGUGUACACACAUCUGUGGUUAGUACACAUGCAUGCAUAUACACCCAUACUAACAUUAGUGUAAGGGCAGUUUUGGAGACUGCGCAGAGAGAGACUGGAAAAAAAAUCACAAUUACACUGUCCUUGGGAGAAAGAGAGUUGCAGAAACUGUUAAGACCAAGAGUUGAGAUGCCAAGAUAGCUCACACCCUGAGUCUCGGAAUACAUAAGGGCACACAUAUUUCCCAAAGCAUGCUCCUUUGGGAUUGGAAUUUAGAUGGCCUCUGAUCACCUACCUUCUAGGGAACUAGGACCCAGGAAGAAGUAAAGAAUCCAAGGUAUGCAAAGCCCCCAAUCUUCUUCUGCCAUGGCGAUUUCACCCCAACUCCAGGGUUUGAGGCCAAGCUGGAAAAGGCUUAGAAUUGGAAUGUCAAGGUAUUAUGCCAGCCCUCUGCUUGAGGCUUGAGGUCAUAAUAUCCCUCCAGAUCCCACCCAUUCCGCAAAUCUUGCCUUGGGACCACAUUUGCUGCUACUUUUCUUGCUGCUUUAUCCUAUAUCCAAGGUGGUAGGACUAGGUUAGGACAAACCCCACACAACCAAACAGUCUGCCUUAAAAGUGACCCAUAUUCUUCCACAGCUGCUCAACUCUUGGACCUUCUGCAAGAGAAAAACCCUCAUUGGCCUUCGUUGUGAGAAGUUAAGUUCCCCAUGUGUAGGCUUCUCAUCCUAGAAGGGAGUUGAGGGAUUUAAGAUGCUUAAACCCUCACCAAGAGCCCAGAAUGUCUAAGGCAGUGUUAGAUUUUGUAAUCAAAUGGAACAGUGUUAAAUUUCUAUGAUAUUGGAGCCAUCCAGAGACUGCUGGAGUUGUAGGGACUCUUGGGUUGUUAUCCUAAUCUGGGCCUUCUUAGCCCUCCAGGCUAGAGUAGGCUUUGAUCCUGGGGACCUCACUGUCACCCAGGUGAGUCAAAUUCUGGAUAUAGAGAAUAAACCUUGGAUGCAAUCAAUCUAGACUGUGUCUUAGAGGGCCAUCAGAGGGAAGCCAAAGAGUUCACAGCCUCAGUCCCCAGUCACCCAGCAUGGUCAUGGUAUUUGCCAUAUAGUCUUCCUGCUCGCAGUUGCCCCUUCCACUCUUGUGGUCGGGCAACCUAACCCUUCCCUCUCUCCCAUGUUCAGCCUCCAAAAGUUAAGAGGAAAUUAGUCAAAUGCACAUGGAAGCCCCCACCUCUUUGGGGACCUCUCUGCCUCUUUUCAGUCAGUUACUUGUCCAGUUCCUUUGAAUUAAGAUGGGAAGAGUUGAACACAGAAUGAGAUGGAGAGAAUGGUUAAGUCUGGCAUAUUUUCUGAAACCCGGAACUAGGAAAGUGAAGAGAUGGAAGGGUCUAAACUAGAUGUGUCACACUAGAGAUCAAGUCAUCUCAAGUCUCAGUGAAGAUAACCAACAAAAAGAGUCUGGCAUAGGAAAGGGAGAUGCUGGGCACGUGGGCUGCUCCUCUUCAUUCCUGCAUCCAAGUCAGACAAUAUUAAUCAGUCACAGUCCUUUUUUCCUAUGGGGACUAAAAAACACUGCAGAAAACUUCUUUUAUCUUCUCAACAACAAUUACCUGCUUAUUAACAACACUUGAGAAGAUUCCAUUGGCCAUCUGUGGUCUAUUAUAUUAAAAAAUAUAUAUCAAGGUGCUUUUAGCACAGGUGCCCAAUAAAAGGAUACAGUGCUUAGAUGGUUUACAUGGCAUUUCCCAUAUUACUUUGAGACUGGGUUCUGGAAUGGAGAGGCUAUCACCAUUGUUAAGGCCAGGAUCAAAGUCUUUCUUUUUCCUUCUUACAGACCCAUAUUUCAUUUAUUUUCAGAACUUUUUCUGUAAUUACCAGGGCCAAUACUUAGAAAAAAUAAAUAAUAUUAUAAAAACCAAGCCCAUUUUGGUAACCCCUGUCCGGUGUCUUAGAAUUCUUGCCAUCGUUUAAGGCCCCCCUCUUGCCCUAGCUGUCUCGUCUGUGGUGUUAGCUUCGAAGGUACAAGCUAAGAAAAGUGGCAGUGUCAGCCUUCCCAGUGGUUUAAUUACACCAGUAAAUAAUGCAAAAAUCUUUGCAGACCCGAAGACUACAGUACUAAUGUCAGGGUUGCAGGAACCACAGAAGUACCUCACUAGCCUCCCUUAAUUAGAUCCUCAUCCUCUUUCUUCCUGUACCCACAGCAUUGGCCAUCCCCCAACUCUCCAACUGAGUGAAGUUUCCCAGAGGCUGACUCCUACCUUCAGGCUCACAAAUUCAGUUAAACACUUCUGAGUAAAGACCCACCCAGCCUCCUUCUUAACCUCAUUCAAACACGUUAAUCUCAAAUUUAUAUUUGCUAAGGAGAUAGGCAAGAAGGGCUGCCCAAUUGAUGGCCAGCCUCAUGCCCACAAGGAAGGUGUAUUUAACAAGCCAUUUUCAAACCUUAAUGUGGGAUGGUCAGCUCUGUUCAUGCAAUGCACUGAUUCUCAUUUCAUUUUCCGCAUGAGAAUAAACUCAUUGUCUCAUCCCUUCAGUCACCUCCAGUUUAGGACAGUGGAGUACUCACAACAAGGCAGCUCUGAAACACUGUUGUCUACCAGCUGCUCAGGGGCCCUAAAACACUUGGGGAUUCAGGAUCUGAAGAAGUAUUAGCCUGUCAGCAUCACGGAAGAAAAGAUGAGGCAGACAGUUCUCUAAGCCCUGUCUUGGGAAGUGUUUCCAAGCCACGAUGCUAACUGCCUGCCCAGAGAACUUGCUUUACCCUCAGCUUCUGUGCCAAUAGCCAUUUAAGAGAAGACAGUCCUUGAGAAGUCAGUUUUGGUGGGUAAAUUAGGGGCGUUAAGGAGGGGAGAGGUCAGCUGUCAUAAAGAAUAAGGCUUUGAAGAUAGGGGGUACCAGCUGCUACUCCUGGCUCCAGCAUUUGAGUCACAGCCUAGACAGUUCUCUUGGUCUUAUUCCCGUCUUGGCCAAUGCUUAAAUGCUAUUUGUUGAAAAUAAUUCCUUGAGACAGAUUUCAGCUACCUCCCUUCCAGGUUCGAUUUAACUUGGUUGUAACUGUCAAUUUGUUAUAGGUCUUACCUGUGUUGAAAGAAAGAAAGAAAGGGAGGGAGGGAGGAAGGAAGGAAGGAAGGAAAGAAAGAAUAAAAAGGAAAGGAAAGGAAGGACGGAAACCAUAAAGUCAAGUUAAGAGUUUUGAGGAUUUUGUUGUUUUGGUUUUGGUUUUGGUCUGAAACUACUUCAAGUGGGAAACUAAAAGGAAGAAAUUGCUGGUGACAAAGCUGUACAGAUAGAGAUUAAUAGAAGUCAAAGAAAUAACAAGGAAAUAAAAUGCAUGAUUAAAACUAAGAAGAAAAUAACCUAUUUUUGUGUUUCCUGAACGAAACUGUUUAUACUACAGACUGAGUAGGUAGCCACAAUCCUAAAGUUUUCCCUAGAAGAAGACAUAGAGAUUUUAUAAUGCUGUCUGUUCUUUUCUGUAAAUGUGGUAGGUCCAGGAAAUAAUACAUUUCCCCCCUUUAUAUGUUGUUGUUGGGGGAGCGUUUUAUUUGUUUGGUGGCAAUCAGUGGUAGCAGGGAGUGGGGAGGGCUUGUCAUUAGUUUUACCAAAUAUUAUGGGGACAUUUUGUGUCGUUGUGCUUUUCAUGUUAUAAAAUGUUUGUAUUUAACCAGUAUAUCCCUGAGCUUUAUAAAGACUGCACUCAGAAUCACACUGCACAAUCUAAUUUCCUAAAAAAGCUGCUACAUGACCAGACAGGUAAUUCUAAUGGGUUUUGAGAAACAAAACAAACCAAGUAAAAAGCAAGCAUAUAACAACUAAAUAGCAAACAAAUAAAAGCCUGUACUUUUAAUUUAUUAAAGUUUUGCCAAAUUCCUACCAACUAUUUGAGUUUUAAAAGAAAUGAAUAAUCACAAAGAGAGAAAUGCUAUGCCUAGGGUAAGAACCUAGAAUUACUGAUUCCAGGCAGCAGUUGACUCAGUGCUCUUGAAUAAGCCAUCAGAUUGCCUCUCCAUUUGCCUCAGUUUCUCCAGCUGCAAAAUUGGGAUAAUAAUACUCACCUACCUCACAGUGGGAGGGCAGGGGAUUGUGAGGCCCUAAAGUUUUCAGUGGGCUGCAGUGAUCUGAGGGACAAGACUUGUCGUAGUGUCCUUGGGUUGAUUUUCAAGAACAAGCAGGCCCAUUGACCAUUUAAGAAAGUGAAGAAGUGCUCAUUUAAUAUAUAAGAAAACUGGAGCUUCUGGAUUAUAGUCCACUUUAAAAGAGAGGCUUGUAUUGCAGAAGAGUUCACUUUUAAGGUAAAUUGGAUUUUAUUUUUUCCCUUUGUUUUAGUCUUUACCAGUUCUACAGUUUAAUUAAAAGCCAGUUACUCCCCACUUGUAAAAGUCAGCUUACCGUCAUCUGUUCAAGACUCCCAGGCCAUUUCCAACUAUGUAGAAGAAGGGAAUACCUAAAAUAUCUUCUUCAGUAGACACUUCACUUCUCAGAUGUAAGAUUUCAUACCAAGUGUUCCAUUAAAAAAAAAGAGCUAAUGAUCCAGAUAUGACAUUCUGAGUGCAAACAACUCGGGGUUUCUUAAACUACACACCAGCAGUCAAUGAGGAGAAUUUUGAACAAUUAUUGAGUUGCUUUCUUGGGUCUCUAUAAUCAAUAACCUGUCUGCAGAUAUCUAUCUAUAUAAAGAUAUUAUAUAUAUAAAUAUAAAUUUACAUAUAUAUGCACAUGUAUAUAUAUUUGUACAUAUAUGUGUGUAUAUAUAUACUUAAAUGUAAUAUUUACAAAAUAAAACUGUGAUCUCGUCUAGAGAAAAUGUAUUCAUAUUACAAACUGCUCUUCCAUAUUUGUGUAUCAUAUUAUACCUUUUUAUUAUUUUAUAAUUAUUAUGGAUAUUUCUAAUUAUUAUAAUGUUGAAAUCUGUUUGGCACCUUCUGGAAACUACCAAAAACUGAUUCCUCAUUGAAGUGCUUCAAAUCUGUUCUCAUGAGAAUUCUACAGGCCUACUGAAAAAUGAAAAAAAGAAAAAAGAAAAAAAAAGAAAGAAACAAUCUAAACACCAAAACCAAAACACAAUUCCAGUCCCCUUUCUGUACCUCACGCGCAGAAAUUUGCUGCUCCUAG